GCGGUCGAACUACAAGCCAUUUUGGGGACGGUGUCAGUUUCCACUGAGCACACACACUGCUGCGUUUUACUGGGGGUGAAGCGCUUAUUUUGGAGGCAAAGUUGACGGCCCCAGAGCGAAAACUUACCGAGUCGUAAUCUGCGGUUUGUGUUGUUGUUGGGUCCAGAGUAGGAUCUGCAUAAGGGACGUACGCAGCAAGAAAGGACUUAUUCGCACAUCUGAAAUGCCUUUCGCUCCGCGGAGCGCUCUUCGCGACUGACAGCGUCUGCAGCCUUCAAGAUGGCGGCUCCACUCCUAUUCAUUUGCUGCUGAUCGCCUCCCAACUUUCAUUGUCUAUUCACCUUCAGACCCACCGAUCCCCAGUCGAAGCACCAGGGUUAUUGCAUUUCUGGUCAAUAUGCAUCGGACGACUCGGAUAAAAAUCACGGAGCUCAAUCCUCACCUGAUGUGCGUCCUGUGCGGGGGAUAUUUCAUCGAUGCCACGACCAUCAUUGAAUGUCUUCACUCCUUUUGCAAAAUGUGCAUAGUGCGCUACUUGGAAACCAGCAAAUACUGUCCCAUCUGUGAUGUACAGGUGCACAAGACCAAACCAUUGCUCAACAUAAGGUCUGACAAAACUCUACAGGACAUAGUGUACAAACUGGUCCCUGGACUCUUCAAAAAUGAAAUGAAGAGAAGAAGAGACUUUUAUGCAGACCACCCUUUAGAUGCUUCAAAUGGAACAAAUGAGGACCGUGGAGAAGUGGCAGAUGAGGAAAAACGAAUUAUUACAGACGAUGAGAUCAUCAGCCUCUCUAUUGAAUUUUUUGAUCCAACCAGAAUGGGACUGGGACCAGAAGGAAAGCAGGUUAAGGAGCAGUUAGCAAAUAAAAGGUACCUGCAGUGUCCAGCCGCAAUGACAGUGAUGCAUCUUAGGAAGUUUCUGCGCAGCAAAAUGGACAUCCCAAACUCCUAUCAGGUGGAUGUUAUGUAUGAAGACGAGCCUCUGAAAGAUUACUACACAUUAAUGGACAUAGCCUAUAUAUACACAUGGAGAAGGAACGGUCCACUUCCCCUCAAGUACAGAGUCAGACCCAGCUGUAAGAAGAUGAAGGUGAGUCACUCGGAGCAGGACGGGCAGAACAGCACCGGCAGAUCUGGGCCAGAGAGUGACUCAGCCAGCGACAAAGCACGAAGUCCCACUGGGGCUCCAUCCACGUCCUCCUCUCUGCCGAGCCCAGCCACAGCCACGCAGUCUCCACGUCCCCUGCAGACCACACACGGCAAUAAUAACGUAAACGGGACGUCAAUAACUGCUCCACCCACCCCCGGCCGCUCUUUUACACAGUUCCCCAGCGGCAACAGCGGCACCAACAAACCGAGGAAGGUCGCACUGAACGGAUCUUCUUCUGGAUGACUCCCCUGAGAGCCAACGCCUCAUCCAGUUUAUCAUUUUAUGCCAACCUAGUCCAGUGGGGCAGACAACACAACGACGUUCUUUUCCCCCCUCAAUUUGUUGUUAAUAUAUUAUCACAUCUUAAGUUUAUACUGGAGGGAUCGGAUACAUUUCAAAUAAACAAUUUAAGGAUGUUGUUUGCUGUUGGAAAUUCUCAAUGAAAGACUGCUAAAAUUGGAAAAAAAUGGGAAGAAAGGAUGUGCAAACCUAUCUGUUAUUUUACAGUGACUGAAGUUUGUUUUGUUCAAAUUAAACGUAUGUCAUUGCGAAAUCAUCCACGUGCUUCACCAGCGCAGGAUGAAACGUGCAUGCUUUUAUUAUCUCUUGGUUUUUAAAGGUUUUAUAGCCUACUCUUUUAAUACGCAUUUAUGUAAUCUUUAGAAAUGUUAAACGUAGAGGAAAGCCAUCACGGAAUUUGUUAUGAAAGAACUUGUGUCAAGACGGUAAAGGCGAAAAAUAAGGCUUUUUAUGGGAGAAAAUAGUUUGCCUUCACAUCAGCAGUGCUUUGUAAAAUUUGAUUUUUUUUUAAUCCAUGUUGUUUUAGCUGAUUUUCAAAAAUCAGCUGUAAAAAAACAAUUAUUUAAUCAACCAUGUUAUUGUUUUCUUCUGCUCUCAAAGUCUGGGGCUGUUCAGUUUCACGCUCAUUAUGAUGUUUUAAUGUCUCGUGUUUAUUCGCUCGAUUGUAUGGACAACCUGUUGUAUUGUUACUGUUGCACAGUAUAAAAACAUCUAAAUAAACAUUUUACACUUA